AUGACAGAGACGAAAGACCAGCAGCGAGUUCCCUUGGGGCACAUCUACGGCUUCUGGAGGCUCGCAGGGUCACUACCAGGAGACUCGAACUGGCACACGGCGUGGAACUGCGAGCCGCAGAUGGAGGCGAACCGUCUUCUGGGGAGGAACACUGCGAGGCAGCAUGGAGGAUGGGAUCGCGAGAGUGAGGAAGUGGGUGACGAACAAGAAGCGAUAAGUCCAAGGAUCCGUGCAGAGACGGGUACCUCGAACCAUUUCCCCUAUCCGGCCAUGUCCCUUCCGACGCUUAUUCUCGAGUUCGGUUUCCGUAUAGGGGUGCGAUUCGCGCCGAAGAUAACAGAGACCAUGGUCCAAGGUGAAAAGACGGUCGAAGUGUCGAGGGAAGCCUGCGGUUCUUGGUCUGGGGCCCUGGGUUCGGGGAUUGUCGUGUCAGGUGGCCACGACCUGAACAGGACGAACCUCGAGACACGGACGAUUCAUAAAAUCACCACUGCGUUCAAGUUACAGACCAGUGAAGAAGAACCCGCCAUGUAA